CUUACUUUCAUCAGAGCUGUAUAUAUAUCAUUCUAAAACAUUUGUGUUUUAAUAUAUUAGUUAUACAGUACAAUAGAAUACAAUUGAGCAGAAAAGAAAAAAAUGACAAAUUCUCAAGCAAAUUUAACAAACAAACAUUUGCAUAAUCUUAAGGAAGAUGUUUUAUAUCAUCUUGGGAUAUCAACAAAUUCAUUUAAUUUUAAAGAGAAAUUCGGGGAUGUCAAGUUUGUCUGUACCUGUGGGAGUGCUGGCAGAAUAAUUAAAUUUGCAACAGCCAUGGCUGAAGAAGCUGGACAGAAAACACCUCCGGAAAAUAUAGCUGGUUCAUCUGCAAGAUUUGUACUGUUCAAAGUGGAUCGAACAUUGUUUGUUGAUCAUGGCAUGGGUGUACCAUCAACGUUGAUUGCAAUACAUGAAAUUACAAAAUUAUUACAAUAUGCUGGUUGUAAAGAUGUCUUGUUUAUACGUAUUGGAACAUCUGGUGGCGUAGGCGUGAAAGCUGGAACACUUGUUAUAUCGAAUAGUUGUGUUAAUACUAAAUUUGAGCCAAUUCAAGAAAUGUGUAUUCUUGGUAAAGUUGUUCGUCGUCCAACUGCUGUUGAUGUGAAUGCUGCAAACGAUCUUAAAAAUCUAGCUGAAAGUAUGAAAUUAAAAUGUGAUGUUGUUGUCGGUGCAACAAUGACUGCAAAUGAUUUUUAUGAAGAACAGGCAAGAUUAGAUGGAGCAAUCUGUUCUUUUAGUGAAGAAGAAAAGAAGGCGUAUCUACAAUCAGCUUAUGAUAAUGGAAUAAGAAAUAUAGAAAUGGAAGGAACUGGGAUUGCUGGUCAUUGUAAACAAGUUGGUUAUCGAGCUGUUCUAGUCUGUGUAACUCUAGUAAAUCGACUUGAAGUGGAUCAAGUUUCACUUACUGAAAAAGAAUAUGCCUAUUUACAAGAGUUGCCUGGUAUGUUAGUUGGUGAAUAUUUAAAGAAAAAUGGUGGAAUAAGCCACUCAGGUAAACCAUCGAAUAAAUCUGUUACUAAUGGGAAAACAUAAGUGGAACACGAAAUAUUUCUGUUUGUUUUUUUGUUUUGCUUUUUGUUGUUGUUGACUACUAUUCACUCGCUAACAUGAACGUGUCUUUCUUAACCUUUUGUCUCAGGACUUUUAGUUUUUCUGUCUGUCUCAGGAUGUAUUGAGAUAUUACUUUUAAUUUUCUUCUUUUUAUUAUACUUACAUUUUUUAUUAACAUUAUUAUUAAUAAUUUUGACAGAAACACUGGAUUUUCUAAAAAAAGUGAUGUGCUUAUUAUUUUAAAUUUCAUAAUUUAUAUAAUAAUAAUAAAUAUAAUUUUUUGUUAAUUUAAA